AAUAGAAAUGAGUACGAAAACGACCGAUCCUACUCGUCCCCUCCACCCUCUCACGUAAGACAAAAACAACAACAACAAAAAACCUCCGCAAACUUGCCCCACCAUCGCUAACAUCAUCCAAGCUCUGAUCAAAUGUGCUUCUCGGUCAUCGUGGAGGCAAGAGAGCGUCCGGGGAGCGUUUUCGGACCCUCUUCCCCCACCCCGGGUCCAGCCAGGCCCCUGGACUGACAGGAAGGGCUGGCCGGACGUUGGCUCGGACGCGAACGGCGGUUAUGCUCAACGAAGCCGCCUACACUAAGGGUGAAAGGAACGAAGGGCCCGAGGUAACGCGGCUCAGGUUGCGGCCAAGGCCUCCGAACUGACGAAGCAUAGGCAGGACUCGGCGGCAGGGGAGGCGGGAGAAGCAGCCCGGCCUAGGCCGCACCAGGCCGCGGAGUGGCCCUACGCUGCUUCCCGACAGAGGCUGUGAGCCGGGCCUCAGAGAAGAGAGUUAUCAUUACCUGGACGGGUUCCUGCAGCACCGUCAUCCUCGAGGAUCACUUUCUGCAGCGCCUCAGGCCCCCCCGGUUAGCGGCUCCGACCCGGCCAGCCCCGGCUCAUUUAAACUCACCAGCGACCGUUACCGGGGGAUGGGGGAGGCCGAGCGUUGCCGAGUGCCUCCGAGCGGGACACGGAAACACCCGAAGUGGAGAAAGCCGAGCGGGAACCAGACGGAAAAGCCCGAGGUAUAUCGGAAAUGCCCGAGGUGGGUCGACGAGGAAAAAAUUAUUGCCGGAAAUUGUCGAGGAUUACCGGAAACUACCGAGUCUGACCCUGAGCAUCUCUCCUCUGACAAAGAUCCCAACAAGACAACAUGGCUCCCAAGAAGCCUGAGCCUAAGAAGGAGGCCGCCAAGCCAGCUCCAGCUCCAGCCCCUGCGCCAGCCCCUGCCCCAGCUCCUGAGCCUCCCAAGGAACCUGCUUUUGACCCCAAGAGUGUAAAGAUAGACUUCACUGCUGACCAGAUUGAAGAGUUCAAAGAGGCCUUUUCACUGUUUGACCGGACCCCGACUGGAGAGAUGAAGAUCACCUACGGGCAGUGCGGGGACGUGCUGCGGGCCCUGGGCCAGAACCCCACCAACGCCGAGGUGCUGCGCGUGCUGGGCAAGCCCAAGGCUGAAGAGAUGAAUGUCAAGAUGCUGGACUUUGAGACGUUCUUGCCCAUCCUGCAGCACAUCUCCCGCAACAAGGAGCAGGGCACCUAUGAGGACUUCGUGGAAGGCCUGCGUGUCUUUGACAAGGAGAGCAAUGGCACGGUCAUGGGCGCUGAGCUGCGGCACGUCCUUGCCACCCUGGGAGAAAAGAUGACUGAGGCUGAAGUGGAGCAGCUGUUAGCUGGGCAAGAGGAUGCCAACGGCUGUAUCAAUUACGAAGCCUUUGUCAAGCACAUCAUGUCAGGAUGAGGCAGAAUCUUCCGGGUGCCUGGCCCUUGGCCUUAGCCAUACCAGGGUGAGUUAGAGAGAGGUCCCGGAUGUGAGCUGAGACAGUCCUGGACUGAUCACCACGCCAGUGCCCCAAGGACCUCACAGCCCCUCCCUGUUUAAUAAACAGCUCCAAUAUGGCCAGGCUGGGCUCCAGGAUUCUGA